AUGACAUGGUAUAAUGCAUUAGUUCAUGACAAAUCAACUGAUUCUUUGACUGACAAACUUUGGGUAAAAAGAUGGAUAAAAUCUAAUGAUGAACCCGAUCUAAAUCUAUUAGUAGUAACUCUUUAUCGCCUUGCCCAAAAGACUUCUACUCAUAUAGCUGAUAAUUUUUACAAAAAACUUCUAAAAUCUCUGUCAUUGACUCCAUAUGUCACUAAUAUUGCCAGUUUAAUUAGAUUGAAAGAACGUGAUAUGGUAUGGGAGGCACCAGAUGCAAUUCAUUAUCAGGCUAGAAUUGGUAACAUACUUUGUCAAGAUAUGGAAUUUGCUAUUAAAGUUGACAAGGAUUUUGGUAAUGUCAUCACAGAACUGAAUUAUAUAAAUAAUAAUAAGUUCCCUCUUAAUUUAUCUUUUGAAUUUCGGAUUCUUAAAAGCUCAAAAGCUCUCUUGUCAGCUGCGUACGAUAAGGAUUCUGAAGCCUAUUAUUUCUUUCCUGAAGUGCUUUCUAUUAAUGAUACUAAACACUAUAAGGAAUUUUGCAAUGUGAUUGUUAAACGAUGA